CUCGUGCGUGGCGUCGCAGUUGUGGCGUCAUCAACCAUCGACAGACCCGACACGCUUUGCGUAUAUUCCGGUUAAGUGCAUACACAACACUGCUGUGAUGCGGGAAUUAUCUGAGGAAAUUAAAUUGUGAGUGGCACUAUGGUCUGAUGGACCGCCGCUUCUUUCUGACCUUUCUCAUCUGCUCCACACUGUGGAUCUUCUUCUGGGAAGUGCGCUGGAAGAAAGGCAAAGACGGUCAGAUUGAGGAAUGGCUACAAGGACACCAUCUCUCUCAAUACAGAUAUUUAUUUGAAGAUGUGCAGACUUUGGAGGAGUUGAGUCUGAGUGUACUGAGUCGCUUAGAAGAGGUGGUGAAGGAACAACAGAGCUGGCGCGAAAUCGCUGAGGCUCACAUCCGGCUACUCCGGGACUUUGCCUUCCAGGAGUGGCUUUGUUCUCAGAACUUGGGACACUUUUACAAAACGUUGAAGACAUUGGGUUAUAUGAAUCUGGAUGAUCUGUCACAGUUCGACAGUCACUUGCACCUCUCCCUAGCCGCCUGGGGAUACUACUACGAAGACUACAUCAAGUUAUCAACUGGCAUCAAGAUCCUCCAAGCCUCACGGAGAAGUCGGGACCAGGACUACGAAAUCCAACUGGUGCACAGUCUUGCUGAAAGGCGUCUGAAUGAGAAGUGGUCAAUAGCUGGAGCACUCCUAUUUGGUUGUACUGUGGCGCUGUGCUUUUUGAUAAGGGACCUCAUGUUUUACGUGAUUGGUGGAAUUACCGUUUCCAUCAUUGCAUUUGUCUUCACCAUCAAGUUCCUGUGUGAGCUUGCAGCCAGGGUUGUCAGCUUCCUGCAGAAUGAGGAUCCGGGCCGGCGCGGCGACCGCAGCAUCUACGACUAUGUGCGGGGCAACUACUUGGACCCACGUUCCUGCAAGGUGUCCUGGGAUUGGAAGGAGCCACAAGAAGUGGGGCAGACGAUGAGCUUCAGAGUUCAACUAUUCUACAAGAACGGCCAGCCUUUCCCGGCCCAUCGGCCCGUGGGGUUGAGGGUCAACAUCACCCACAUUGAACUGGCUCUAGAUGUCCCUGUUACACAGGAGGUUUUACAAGAACCAGAGUCCAAUGUGGUAAAAGUAGCUUUCACCGUGCGCAAGGCUGGCCGCUAUGAAGUUGCUGUCAAACUCGGUGGACUCAACGUGGCCUACAGCCCUUACUAUAAAAUCUUCCAGCCAGGUACAGUCGUCCCAUCUAAGACCAAGAUAGCCUACCAUUUCUCGACGCUGGUGCUAACAGACAGCCAGCAGCACACUCUGCAGAUCGAGCCCAGGGAUGAAUAUGGAAACCCCACCAGUAACUCCACGUCCCUCACAGAUGAGGCCAACUACAGUGUCCACAUACACUCUCUGGGCACAGUGGAUGACGUCAUCGCAGAGGGCCACUACAGUAAGACGGUCUCCCUCAACAAGCAGCAGUGUCAGGUUCUGAUGAAACUAACCCUGUGGAAGACCGGUUGCUUCAGGGCCCGCAUCGCCUAUCUGGAUCAGCCACUAAGCAAUGGCGAAUUUGACAUUAUUGUUCUCAGUGAGAAUGAGAAGGCCUACGUGGAGAAGAAUGUAUCCACACCGGGCAUCAGCAUCUACUUUGAGGCGUACCUCUACAGCAAUGGGAACUACAGCAGCUCCCCGUGGCAACUACCCGCCUCCGCUUUGUUGGCUCCCCACAGGAGUCCGUCCAUGGGCGAGGAGGAGGACGAGCACGACUCUCCUGUGGAGGGACAAUCCGAGAAGAUCAAGAAACCAAAAAAAGUCUACUGUUACAUAUCGCCAAAGCAACUAUCUGUGAAAGAGUUCUACCUGAAAAUUAUUCCGUGGCGCCUUUUCACCUUUCGUGUUUGUCCCGGAACAAAGUUUAGCUAUCAUGGUCCCGACCCCGUUCACAAGUACUUAACUCUAGUGGUGGAUGAUGGAAUACAGCCGCCCGUGGAGCUCAGUUGCAAAGACAGGAAUAUCAUGGCUGCCACCUUUAUCCGCUUUCUUCACAAAAACAUAGGUGGCUCAGAAACGUUCCAGGACAAGGUGAAUUUCUUUCAACGUGAACUCAGGCACAUCCACUCCAAGAAACCUCGCACCAAGACCUGCCUAAAAAUCACCCGGCACUCCAUUCUCGAUUCAUCCCUGAAGGCAACACGGAACUUCUCGGUGUCGGAUUGGAGUAAAAACUUUGAGGUGCUCUUUCAAGAUGAGGAAGCUUUGGACUGGGGAGGGCCUCGCAGGGAGUGGUUUGAGCUGAUAUGCAAGACCCUCUUUGACACUUCCAACCAGUUAUUUACUCGUUUCAGUGACAACAACCAGGGCCUGGUCCACCCGAAUGCCGAGCGACCAGCACAUUUGCGGCUGAAGAUGUACGAGUUCGCCGGCCGCGUUGUUGGGAAGUGCCUGUACGAGUCUGCACUUGGCGGGGCUUACAAACAACUAGUCCGAGCUCGCUUUACGCGUUCUUUCUUGGCCCAAAUCAUCGGUCUAAGGAUGAAUUACAAGUACUUUGAGACGGAUGACCAGGAGUUCUACAAGACCAAAGUGUGUUUCAUCUUGAACAAUGACGUCAGCGAAAUGGACCUGGUGUUUGCCGAGGAAAAGUACAAUAAGUCGGGGCAGCUGGAAAAGGUGGUGGAGCUGAUCUCAGGAGGAGCCCACAUUGCCGUGACCAAUGAAAACAAGAUGCAUUACCUCAACCUGCUGGCCCAAUUCAGGCUGGCCAGUCAGGUAAGAGAUGAAGUGGAACACUUCCUGAAAGGUUUGAAUGAACUGGUUCCAGAAAACCUGCUAGCCAUAUUUGAUGAGAACGAGUUGGAGCUGCUGAUGUGCGGCACCGGUGACAUAAACGUGCAGGACUUCAAGGCCCACGCUGUCAUCGUCGGCGGAUCUUGGCAUUUCAGGGAGAAGGUGAUGAAGUGGUUCUGGGCGGUGGUGUCCAGCUUCACUCAAGAGGAGUUGGCUCGCCUCCUGCAAUUCACCACCGGCUCCUCUCAGCUGCCCCCCGGAGGUUUCAACACCCUUUGCCCUUCUUUCCAGAUCAUUGCAGCCCCCACACACAGCACCCUACCCACCGCACACACCUGUUUCAACCAGCUGUGCCUCCCGACCUACGACUCGUACGAGGAGCUGCACAAGAUGCUGAAGCUGGCCAUCAGCGAGGGCAGCGAGGGCUUCGGCAUGCUAUGACGCGAGCCAACGACAAACCAGUCACUCUUUCUCCAGCGUCUUUUCCCUCGGGACUCAUCGGAAUCUCCCGAACCCCCUGUAAAAAUCUUGUUAGGAUGAGAGGGUGUCGCAGGAAAAGUCUCGCCGACGUCUGCGCUGGAAUCCCUAUGAACUUGUGUAUGUAUAUUAAAACAUUUUGGUUUUAAACAGCAACCCAACUACUGUUGAAUAACAAGAUGAGAGCUGAGCUUCUUUCGGUUUUAUUUCUGAAGUGAGCCGAUUUUUCUAUACGUGGACGUUAAUGUUAAUAGAGCAAAGGCCUUGAGUAUUAAAUGUACAAACUGAGGAACACUGAAGUGAGGCAGCAGUUUCCAUGCGAUGUGGCCGCUGUCUGCAUCACAAGCACUUUGGCCUUAAACCAUCAGGGACUGACGUGUCUUUGUAAAUAUAUGCCGUGGCUUUUAUUUACCUGUACAUAGCGGUGCGCACAUGGGAGCGUUAGGGCCACACCCAAUACAAGCAAAAUUAAUCCAGGAUUGGAAAAUGAAUCCAAAAUGAGGAGUCGGAAAAACGAAGCCAGAAUUAUUCAAGAGUAAAGGUAGUUUUACGAGAAAUGAGCUACAUUACAUGAAUAAAAUUGAACUGUUUAGAAAAUAAAAUUGGAGUAUUAGAAGUAUAAAGAAAUACCAAUUAGCCUGUGAUAAGUACUGUAAUUUAUUGGUUGAUGAGAUGGUUUGAAACAAAUUUUUGCAAGUUUGGGUCCAUCAAUCAAUGCUACUUUUUGUCCUCUACUUUUAUUACUUUGUUCCCCUCAUAUUUAUUCGAAAUAGUUAUCAAUAUAACUCGUCUCAUAACCUUACAACGCAUUUCCAGAAAUGCCGCAUUUAAAAAAAAAAAACGUUCCUUAACCUAACAGUAAUUCCAGUAAUACAAUUUAAAAAAAAAAAACAAUUACAUAUAUUCCUGAAGUUCUACAACUUUUGUAACAUUGAAACUUUUUUCUCUUAAAAUACUUUAUUCUUGAAAAAUACAACAAUCAUAAAAUUUAUUCCCUCAAUAAUAUUACUUUAUUCUUGUUAAAUGAAAAAAAACAAGAUGUCACAGAAACGAAUGACCUUUUUUUUUUUUUAAAUUUAAUCCCCUCUUAUUUUUGAGUGUGGUCCUAAUACUCUUGUGUUCAAACAUUUUUUUUUUUUAUUUGGCUUUAUAAAGAGAAGGGAUUUGACUCGUUCGUAUGUUAAAUUUCUCGAGUGUUUUUUUUUUUUUUUUUGGAGUGGGGUUGGGAGGGUUCUCUGUGUUUUUAACUUAUUGUGUCCUGCGAAAAUAUUUAUAAUGAUCCACCCUUUUGAAUCAGGAGUGGUUUUGUGUUGGGUAUUUUGAGAGACCGCCUUAUGCUGAUGAUGUACAGGCGAAGGGAGCGGUCAACUACGACAUCGCAUGGUGAGGUAUGACGCGGCGCUCGCGAGCGUGUGUUUAUUUUUGACAGUCACAGCCUCUUAUGGGGUUUACCUCAGCAUCUCCCGUAGGCCGCCUAUGCAUCCCGUCACACAGGCUCUGGCUUUGAGCGUACACGUGCAGUUCAUAGUUGCCUCCUGUACAUAACUCACUCACACCUUGUCUGCCCUUUAUAAUGUAGAAGAACCAACACUUAACUUUAUAACCACUGUUGUGGAGUUGAAAUGUAACAAAGUUAAAUAUUAGGACGCGCCGGGCUCUCCUCACUGAAUGUACUAUUUCAAGUUAAGCACCUAAGAAAUCUAACACUAAAACUUGCAGGAAGUCUUGGCUCAAGCAAGCGAAGCAAAAUGGGACACGAUUUUGCUAGCCUGUUCUUUUUUUUAAUGUUAUUUUUUAUUAAGAAAAGCGUUUUUUGUUUUCUGCAAUGGAGGUUUACAGUAUUAGGAAAAAGCAUCGGUUUUUGUGCUUAACAUGUAACCUCAGCACUAUUGUAGUGUUUUUUUUUUUUUAAAUGAGCCAGUUAUGUGAAGUUUUAAAGCCCAUUGUUGAAUGCUCUUACUAGACAUUUCACUGACUACUGUAGUUCUUGCUCCAAUCUGAUUUCUAGAUGAGACACUUAGGGCCGUUAGCUGUGUAGAUUUUGCCUUGAUGACUUGUAAGAGGAGCUUUCUUAUUUAUUUUUAAUGGCAAGCCUCUGACGAUGAAUGUUUGAGAUUUCUGUCCUGCAGUGGCUUUGUUAAUGGAAAUUAAAAAAAUGGAACAAAAAAAAAAAGACUUUCAGAAUGAAUUUUUUGUUUGUAUUAUAUUUUAACUUGGAUAAGUGUAAGAGAGUGAAUUAAUGGUUACAGUGUAUGCACAUUAAUAACUCGUUCACUGCCAGCCUUUACAUUUAACAUGGAUAUUUGACUUGUAUAGCCGUCAAUGGCAGUGAACGUGUCAUGUGUAAAUUUUCAGAAUUGUAUGUUUAUGUACCAAAGGAAAUCCGGAUAUCCAUCCCAUUUCCUAUCGCACUUGUUCUUACUAGUGUUGUGAAUGAGCUGGAGACUAUCUGGGCUAAUAUAGGGUGAGAGUUUGUCUCCAUUACAGGUUAAACCUCCUCUCUCCCAAAGUCAGUAGUACCCCUCUUUGUAUACUGGUACAAUAUAAUAAAUAUAUAUUUGGCCAUAUGAGUGUUGCUGAAAAAAAAAACAUGUCAGAAAAAGAUUAAAAAUACAAAUUCAGCAAAUAAGUCCAAAUGUUCUAAAUGAUGUUUUAAAGAUUUUUUUUCAACAAAAAUAUCCUAGAUGUGAUUGUGAGGGUGUACCCGCCCUCCUGCCCGUUGACAGCUGGGAUAGGCUCCAGCACUCCCCGCGACCCUUGUGAGGAUAAGCAGGUAAGAAAAUGGAUGGAUGGAUGAAAUGUCAAAAUUUUAUAUAAAAAAAUGUACAGGCCUUCAAAAUGUUGGGUGUUUUCUAUUUGGGUUCAUAGGAUAGGCUACCGC